AUGAGAAGCAAAUCUUUUGAUUUUUUUCAGUAUAUGAAGCCUAUGAUAUCAAGUAUUGGACACAUCCAAGAAAAAAAGAAUGAAUUUUUAAAAAGAUCGCUUAUGGCGAGAUCAACCAGGCAAAAUUCAAAAAUAACGAAUUAUUCAGAUAAAAUUUUAGUUGAGAUCUCAGCCCAACGGACGCUUGAAAAAUCUUUGCAAAGCACCUCAAAAGAAAAAAUUACAGCAAGAAGAGGGACUUCUGCAUUGCAAACAAAAGAAAGAGCUGAGCUUUCUAUGAGACGAGAUUCAUCGUCAAUGAACGGAAGAUGCACUCCAAAUCAUGACUUUAUUUUGCCAAAAACUGCAUUUGGGAAGCCCAAGUUCCCAUGAGAAUUUGAUUCUACUAGAAAAACUAGAGCCAAUAGCUUCGACAUUUCAGUGGAGUCCACUUAUAUAUUUGAUAACGAAAAAAAGAAAAUUAAAGGGAUUCCGUUUGAAAAACAAUCAAGUAGAAAAUCAUUAAUAAACUUCAGUCCUAAAGAAAAUUUACAAAUAAAUAGGCAGCAAAGUAAUUGCUUGCGUCCCUGCAACAGGAUAAAUAAAAUACAACAUAAUAUGAUGAAAAAUAAAGUUUUUGGGCAUGGAGAAAACAGAAUAUAGCCCCUGAAUUAUUUUGAAUAGUAUUGGCCUUCAAUUUUAAUUUUUAAAAUUAAUCUGCACUUUUUAGUUUUUUGAAAAGAAAAAACAAAAAUCACAAACCUCCGUUAACGUUUUAAGAUGCCUUAUCUAACUUAAGCUGUAUAAGGCAAGUGUCCUGGACUAUUUAUUUUUAGUCGGCAUUCUGCGAGGGCAUAGCGAUCUAUUAUGGUGCAUGAAUUAUACAAAAUCCUUUAUGCUUGUCUGAGCAUAAAUCGAAAAGUGUUAUAAUGAUAUAA